UAUGCGCGAGUGGUACAUGUCGCGCGUCGUCAAGCCUACCUUAUCAUCGCUGGAAGAAUUUCAGGAACGCUAACAAGCAUAAUUCUCUGCGCGCGGGAUGUUAUAUCAAAUUCCCGCGAAAAAUUAUGAUAAAGAGAACGGUAAUUAACGUGCAAACUGCAACAAUACGUGUUUCGCAUGGUCUGUUGUUGCCGCUCUACACCUGGCUCAAAAACAUGGAACGGGAAUCCUCAUUAUACAUCGGUUCUAAAUCUCGCGGGCAUCGAAUUUCCAAUGAUGUUAAGUCAAAUUAAGAAAUUCGAAACUUUGAAUGACAUUUCCAUCAACAUCUAUACCAAUGAAAAAGGGAUUGUACCGAUACGACUCGCCGAUCGAAAUAGGAGCAAGCACGUAAACCUCUUAUAUGUAGAAGAUGACAACGCAAUACUUUGCGCUCAAGAAUCUAUCUCGCUUAGUCAGCUCACCAGAAAAAAGAACAGAAAAUAUUUCUGCGAUAAAUGCCUCCACUACUUUAGCUCAAGCACUAAACUGGAGAUCCGCAGCGAGGACUGUGGAAAACUAAACGAUUGCCCGAUCAGACUACCGAGCGAGGAUGAUAAAUAG